AUGCUCUCCACGGUUCCACAUCAAAUCAUCACUCAGCAAGCGGAGAACACCACUGCAACUUGGCCUGUCGUCCCCACUGCAUUGAUAUGGGCGAGACAAGAGGCCUUACAAGCGAAGCAGACAGCCACUCAGCCAGCUCACCAAUCCACUCAGUCAUCCACUCAGCCAGCCACUCAGCCAGAGCACUCAGUCAAGCAAGAGGAGGAACAAUCCAGUACGGAGAAUAUUACGGAGACAGUCAGCAGCAGCAGUGACACAACAGCUCUGCUCUCCACGAUCUUAUACCAGUCCACUCAGUCAAUGUAA